AUGUUCCUCUUCUCCAAAAAACUCAAGACCCCUGUAAGCACUUACACUGACUCCUACCGCCCACCCUGCUCUGUCAGAAAGCCCAUCAAGGAGUGUGCACAGACACUCUGGAGAGAAAACACGUUUGUGACAGAGGGAUUAACAGUGCCCCCAGUGCACAAUCCAUCAAGCCAAGGUCAACUCGAGCAGCUGAUGCAGGCAGCAGCACAGGCGUACUACAGGAACCUCACUGAGCCCACUGCCUACAGGCCUGAGAAGUACUGGCUGGACAGGUCUGAAGAGAAGUACAAUCCAAUUUUUAUCAAGGAGGACAAAUAUGCCACCUGGAGAACAGGUUCCUACAACAGUGCUGCCUGGAAUAAGCACUCCUCUUACCUCCCACUCCUGCCCAAGGAGACAAGGAUGGAGAACUUCCUGCACAGCAUACCCGUGCCAUACAUUGUGAAACCCACCUACCUCAGCCCAUCUGACAAGGAGGUGGUCAGCAACAUGCUGCACAAGGUGCCUUUGUACACCAUGAUGGGAAGGGGACCUUUACAAGGCUACUAUAGCCUCUGCUCUGGGCGCCACUACUGCCUGCGAGGGUUGGACUACUAUGUAGAUGGGACUUCUGCCAGGAAGCAUCUCUACAGACAAGGAGAGAAGGCUGUAAGGAGUAUUCCAUGCUGCAGCUGCAGCCCCAGAGCAAUGUUCUGUGCAUCUACACGUUUCCGCCAGCCAUACUCCCCGAACUCCUUUACCUUUCCUAGGUGGAACACAUCCCACUUCAUGAAGGUAGGAGGAGUCCAGAGAAGCAGCUACGUAAUCCACCCUGAGUUUGCCUCAGAGGCUUUCUUUGCUCCAGGUCGCCGUUGA